AUUUUAUUUUCAUUCAUUUAAAUUCCUUGCAUUCAUUUUAUUCCAUCUGUAGUAUUUCAUUUCAAAUCAAACAAAUCCAAAACUCAUUUUUUUAGUUAGAUUACUUUCACUUUUAUUUUUAUUAAUUAAUAGUUUUCCAAUUACUUGGUUACAUUUUCCCUGUGGAUUCGACCCUUACUUGUGCACUAUACUACCGUGACUCGUGCACUUGCGAGGACUUAUAAAUUGUCUAUCAAUUUUUGGCGCCGUUGCCGGGGAAUUUGUUUAACUAGUUUUUUGGAAAAUUGUUAAUUUUGUUUUAUUUUAGUUAGUUGUGUUUGUUUUUCUUUUUUUUUUUCGUUUUUUUUGUAUGCUUGGUCGCAGGUCACUUAAUCCAGAUUUGAUUCCGCUGAACGAUCAAGUAGAUUUAAUUGGCAAAAGGAUAAAGAGGAGCCUCAAAUUUGCUUCUAAUCCAACAAUGGGUGACGCGCAACUUAUGAAAGAGUUUGGGAGACCAACUGUAGGUGUCUCCCCGUCCUGCAUUGUACUAAGUGAGGCUGCCCGGAAUUAUGAUCUAAAGACGGUCCACUAUAACCAACUGCCAUCUUUCUAUGGGCUUUCUUCUGAGGAUGCGCUGAUCUUUAUCCGAGAUUUCUACGGCAUCAUCCAAAAUUUUCCCUUGCAAGGAGUGACUGAAGAUGAGCUGAGGAUGAGGUGCUUUCCGUACACUCUCAAAGAUGCUGCUAAGACAUGGUUUAUGUCUUUGACACCUGGUUCCCUGCGCACAUGGGCUGAUGUCUACAAUAAAUUCAUUGGCAAGUAUUAUUCUCAGUCAAAAACUUCAGAAUUAAGAAGAAAAAUUGCCAAUUUUACUCAAGCUGAAGGUGAGCCAUUUCAUGAGGCGUGGGAGAGAUUUAAGAUGCUGCUCACUCAAUGUCCACACCACGGUUAUUCAUUGGCGCUCCAGAAUCAGACCUUUUAUGACGGUUUAAACCAAGGAUGCCAAGCUAUUGUUGACAACGCAGCUGGAGGAGCAAUGGGAGAGAAGACCGCAGAACAGACUUUAGAGCUUUUCGAGAUGCUUGGAGCUAAUUCCCAGCAGAAGAGUGUGAGAGGCAGGACUCCAGGAAUUUAUGAAGUGGGUGCAAGUACAGAAUUGGCCAUCCAGAUAUCUGAGCUCUCUAAACAAAUGAAGAACAUGUGCACUGUGAUGACAACAAUGAGCAUGUCUACUCCUGUUGUGAAUGCAGUACCUGAAGGUGGUUUUGAGCAAGCCCACAUGAUGACCUCCUACAACCAAGGACCAAGGAAUGAUACAUUUUCUAACUUCUACAAUUCUGGCUGGAGGAAUCAUCCUAACCUUUCAUGGGGUAACACACAACAAAGCAACCAGCCACCACCACCUGUACAGAAGAAGCCUGCUUUGGAGGAUACUCUUCAAACUUUCAUGCAAAUCUCCAUCCAAAAUCAGCAAGCAAAUGAGCAGCGUUUUCAGCGCACCGAGGCCUCUUUGAAGAAGCUAGAGAUACAAGUUGGGCAGAUUGCUGAAUCUCUCCAAGGACACGUGCAAGGGAAGCUACCGAGCCACAUUGAGGAGGCAAAAGUUGUCACAGUUCUUAGGAGUGGGAAGAUAAUUGAGAAAGAUGAAAGGCAGCCCAUUUUGAAGCCACCGGAAGAGGUAGAAGCUGAAAAUAAAGAACUUGAAGCUGAAUCAGUGAAUGAGGAGACCGGGCUGCACGAAGCUGAAGAUCCAUAUGUGCCGCCUAAGCCAUAUGUUCCACCCGUUCCUUUUCCAAACAGGUUAAAAAGUUCUAAGCUUAGCAGUUCUUUUGAAGAGAUUUAUAAGUUGUUGUCCAAAGUUAAUGUGAACUUGCCUCUUCUUGACGUGAUAAAAAACAUGCCUGCCUACGCUAAAUUUUUGAAAGAAUUGAGCACUAGAAAGCGUAGGUAUGAACCGAAUGAAAAAGUGUUUGUUUCUAAGGCUGUUAGUGAUGUUUUGCAAAAAGAUUUGCCCCCAAAAUUAGAAGACCCUGGCAGUUUUAUUAUCAACAUUAAUUUAGGGAAUUCUAAAUCUGAGAAAGCUAUGCUUGAUUUGGGGGCAAGUAUUAAUUUGAUGCCUUAUUCUGUUUAUUUGAAAUUAGGGUUAAAUGAGCUAAAAUCCACUACUAUGUCCCUACAGCUUGCUGACCGUUCUAUUAGAUAUCCUAGGGGCAUAAUAGAGGAUGUUUUAGUUCAAGUUGAUAAGUUGAUCAUUCCUGCUGAUUUUGUGGUUUUAGAUAUGGAUGAUCAGUGCAAGCAUGUGAAAGAUAUGCCAAUUUUACUUGGUAGACCUUUUAUGGCUACGACAAAAACAAUGAUUGAUGUUCAAAAUGGAAAAUUGACUAUGAGUGUACUUGAUGAAACUGUUGAGUUUUCUAUUUUGAAAUCAAUGAGUAUGUCGGUUGAUUCUAAUUCAUGUUUUGCACUUGAUAUUCUUGAUCCUAUUGUUUCUUUGGACAAGUCGCAGGAAGAUGGUCUUGAGAAUCAUGCUUUUGAGAAAGAGAAAGUUUGUAAGAAGUGCAUUAAUUGUUUGCAUCAAAAGUCCAUUUUGAGGAAGGAUUUUAAACCUGGAAUUAAAGUGUUAUUGCUUGACUCUCGUUUAAGAUUUCUUCCAGGAAAAAUAAAGUUUAAGUGGACUGGUCCGUAUGUGAUUCGCCAAGUUUUUCCCGACGGUGCAAUUGAGCUUGAAAAUCCAAAAUCCGGGAAUAUUUUUAAAGUGAAUGGUGAGAGAGUGAAGAGAUAUUCAUGUAGUGAAGAUUCAGUGGAGCAAGUUGAGAGUCUUGAACUGCUUUGGGAACACUUUUGUUCAUGCAUUUAAUCACCUGUUUAAAAAAAAUCAAAAAAAAAAAAUUCAAAAAAAAACAAUCAAAAACCAAAAAAAAAAAAAAAAUCAUUUUCUUAAUUCUGUUUCCCCCUCCCCAUCCUGUUUUCGUUUUCUUUCUUUGUCUUUCUGUUUUGCAGGUUAUAUUUCAAGAGGUUACUGUUUUCGUUUGAAGUGCAUUCAGGGAGUAUCUUUUUCUCCUUUCCCUUUUUUAUUAAUCGUUCAUUGUACAUAUUGUUUCAUUGUUUGAAAUAAGUGUGGGGGAGGAGUAGCUCUCAUUUUUUUAGUUUUAUUUUAGUUUUAAAAACCAAAAAAAAAAAAACAGAAAACUGCAGAAAAAAAUUCAGAAAAAAAAAAACUGUUUUUUCUUGCUUGGAUUUGAGGGAAAUGUAAUUUCAGGAUUACUUUUUGGUUUCAAGUUGUGAAAAUUUUCCCUUUCAUUGGUAUGUGGUAUGAUUGGUGGUCUCCAUGAUAGGUAUUCUCUUGAAUUUGAUUGAGUCCUUCACAUUGUUUUUACUUGGAGUCAAUUUCCUAGCCUCUUGUGCCAUUAAUUUGGAUGUAUUUCCGGAUUCCUUAUGAUCUUUUAGGAUGAAUCUCUAACAUUCUAGGAAAGAGUGUGAGUUCUUUGACUUUUAGUUAGCAUGAUAGAACUUGUCUUGUUGCUCUUUUGGAAGCUAAGUUAUUGUGCAAACUGAUUGAGAUAUGAUCUAGGCCAUUUUUCAUAGCCCCAAACCUUUUAGCCUACCCUUUGCAUUUUAUUACAGCUUGCUACCCCUUUGAACCUACUUGGUCUUAUAGCAUUCUACCGUGCUUUUGACUAAUAAUUUCUUUGUGAUUACCCAUCAAUAUUGACCCGAGCCCAAAUAGCCAAAAUUUAUCCCUCACCCUUGAGUUGACAUUUUUUUUUACUUAAAUUGUGACUUGGAAGAGUUUUCAUCUUAUUGGAGCAUUUUUUUCCCGGCUGUUUGUAUAUGUAAUUUUGUCAUGGCACCUUGACAUUUCCUUUUAGAAGUAGUGUUGAUGUAGCAUUCAAAAAAAAAAGAGCUGAAAAAAUACAAAAAAAAAAAUUACAAAAAAAAAAAAACAGAAAAAAAAAGUGAAAAAAGAAAAAAAAAGAUGAGUUCAGUUGAAGUUUGUAUUCUUUUCACUUUAUGUAUGUAUUCCAUUGUCUUAGAAGCCGGUUGAUUGUUGUAAUAGUUUUUUUUUUUGUGCUCCUUUACCAUAUUUUUGAACUCUUCCUAUGAUCAGUUUAGUAUAUAAAAUGUCUUCUCCUUUGUUUGAAUUCUCAUAUCCUUUCUUUCAUUAAACCAUUGCUCAUGGCCACGUUACAACCCCAAUAAUAGUCCUAAGUGAUCUUGAUCAAGUUUGUGCUUUGAUAAGGUGGAAGGAAGAGCAUAAGAUGACAAUAGAGUGUUGACUGAUUGGCUUAGGACUGCAUAAUUUCUGUGAAUGUUACUUGAGCAUUUCACUAGGUCAUUUAGAAUUGUAAAAGACAUCUCUAUUAAUGACAUGUGAGUCUAGUUGAUUGGCUUUUGAGUUUGACAUUGUGGUGGAUACUUGAUUUGAAUUUCUUGAGUUAUCUUGUCAUGGAUGAAGGGUUUGUUGGAAUGCUUGGUGAGUGAAGGGAAUUUUGAUCACUUGUUGCCGAAUUUGUUUCUUGAUAUUAAUUUUCCUUGGGGACAAGUAAAAUGCAAGUGUGGGGGAGUUUGAUGAGCUAGAAUUUGUGCUUCAUUUUUAUAUUAAUUUAUCACAAUUCUAUGCUUAUUAUUUGCCUAAUUGAGAGGUUGAGAGUUAUAUUUUGUGUAAAAAUGAUUUUUACAGGUGGGAACUUUAAUUGAAGGAUUUGAGGAUUUUUGGACUGAUUUGUGGAGAUUUUCCCUUUUCCAAGGGUUGUUGGAAAAUUAAAAGAAGUGAGCCAAAUACUUUUUGUUUUGAAGGACUGCUAGCAAACAACAAAAUGAAAAAGAGGAUUACUCCUCUAAGUGACGGCACCCACAUUUGGAGAGAAAAAAAUCAGUCCAGUUGUGCACUAGGAAAAUAACAGGGCCAGCAAAGUCCAAAUUGAAAUAGACCAGAGAGUCUGGGCCAUGUAACCGCACCAGAAGCUUUAGAUCGUAGCAGCAAGGGUUUUAAGAGGAAUAAGCCGGACUGGAGCAGGAGGCAGGAGGAAGUUCGAGGUCGGGGAUUCUGGUCGGGCACUAAACAGAGGAAAGGGCCAGACCGGAAGCUGGAAGGAAGGCUCGUUACCUUGUCUAGUUGGCUGGAUUCCAGAAAUAAGAACAGCAACAGCAAGUCUUGGUCUUCUUAGCCGCACCAGCAAUCCAAAUCCAGGAAAGAAGGGAUCUUUCGGCCCAAGAACAAAGAAGAGGGUGGCGAGGGUUUUUAGGGAGGAGGCCAGACUAGAAGGCAGGACUCAGGCUCGGAGGAAGCCGGACAGGAAAAAAAACGGGGCUGCGGAGUCACUCUCUGCUUAGAGCAACGGACAAAAUUCCACUGCCAGAAGGAAGAACAGAAGCCAGGGGAGUGCAAAAUUGCUAUUGCUCUUGGAAUUCUGGUUUGAAUCAGUCAAAAUUCCCCGGUUCUUGAAUUGUUCCUUCCUUGUUGAUUAGAACUUGUCUUUGUUUAGUUAUUUGGGCAUUCCAAGCAAUCAUAUGUUGUUGAUUGUCAGGAUAAUAAAAACGAACUAUUUGCUUUUCAACCUUUUCUUAGCAUUUUACUUUAACAUGAGUAGUUAAUUUUCUUAAGUCCCGGAUUAUGAUGAAGUUGCUAUGAUUUAGUAUGAAUUGUGAUUUUAGUUAAGUCAAUUGAUUGAGUUUUA